CAAAAAAAAUCAUCUUCUGGAAAUCAUCAUCACGAUAUUCAUCAGCAAACAACGAAAAUGAAUGAAAAUAACGUUAACCAAACAAUUUCAUUAACAAAAAAUUUAGAUUGCGAAAAAUCUGUCGAUCAAUUAUUGGAUCAAUUGGUGAAACCGAAAAAUCAUCAAGAAACUGAUGAUUUUUAUUCAAUUUGGGCAUCUAAUUAUGAAAAGGAUAUUAAAGAAAUGGAUUAUAAUGGUGGCCAUAUUGCAGCCAAAUAUUUUCUACAAAUGAAUUUUAAUAAAAAUGAUAAAAUAUUAGAUAUUGGUGCUGGUACUGGUAUUAUUGGUGAAAUUUUAAAUAAAAAUGGUUAUCAUAAUUUAGAUGCAUUAGAUAAUAAUGAUGAAAUGUUAAAAAUAUUAAAAGAAAAAAAUUGUUAUCAAAAUAUAAUCAAAUCGAUUGUAACACCGGAUCAAAAAUUACCAAUCAAUGAUCAACAAUAUGAUGUUAUUAUAAUGGCUGGUAUAUUUUGUCCUGGUCAUAUUGAUUAUCGUUCAUUGGAACAAAUUAUACGCAUCACUAAAUCAGGUGGCUUUAUAUGCUGGUCGAUGGGUAAUCCAAAAAUCUAUGCCGAUCGUGAUCAACUUUACAGUGAUGAUAAUUUUGAUCGUUAUAUAUCAUUAUUAUGUGACAAAAUGAAAUGGCUUUCUGUUUUGGGUUAUCCAAUUAUUGUUGAAAAUUAUAUUAAAAAUUUAUCCGGAUUAUUUUAUGCAAUGCAAGUUGUAUAAUAAUAAUCAUUUUUUUUUUAAAUUGUC